AGUCUGAAUGUUGUUGUUAGUGUUGAUGGGAGGGGAAUAUAGUUUUAAGGAUUGAGUUUGAACAAAAAAGGUGGAAUAUUAUUCUAAAGACGCAAAAAUUAAUAUUUCAACCUUGAGAAUGGAGUAACUAAAGCAUAUGGAGAGAUAGGUUUUUAUUGUACAAAUUUUACUUAAGUCGUCUGCAUUGUUUAUAUACCUUGUUGUUUGACAUUUAUCAAUAAUUCGAAAUGACGUCUAAGGACAGGGAAAAGACAUUCCCAGAACGAUUCAAACAGUUCUUUCGGAUGAAUAAAGGUGUUUCAGGUAAUUUGAAGAGCAGAACAGAGUUUACAUUAACGCCGGAAAUUGAGAAGGAUCUGGGACCUGAUGCACCUUUAAGCCAUCGCAUGAAGACUAUAAGGGAACUGAGUGAAAAAGUUCGAUACACUCGCCUUGAAGAUUUUGCAAUUGAGAAACUAUGGUUGGAUGUGAAAGAUCUGUUAAGUCAAGACAUUCCUAAAGAACAUCGCCAUGCAACGUUUUAUUUCAUACGAAGUCUUGUCCAGGGACAGUAUGAUAAGUUGGGAAUGAUGCGCGUUCAUUUCUUCAGAAUUGUUAAGGAGCAUAACAUACCUGAAGAUACCGUUGUGAGAUUUGAAUUGCUGCAGUCUCUCACAGAUAAUGGGAAAGAUAUUUUAUAUUUUGAAGAAGAAAUACCACGUUUUAUGCUGGAGUGGAUGUCUGUUUUCACAAGUAUUGGGAAGGCACAUGAAUUUCUUUCAAUUAUGAUAAACAUAAUAAAGUACAAUUCAGCAUACGUGGAUGAGCCAAUAGUAAUAGGAUUGGUUCAGAAUGUUUGUUACCUUUGCUGUUGGAGCCUUGCAAAGCAGGAAGUUCUUACGUGUCUGGCUCUUUUAGACUCUAUCGUCUGCUAUAGUAACUUUCCUCCAGGCUCUCUCCGAAUUUUUAUUGGUGCUUUGUGCCACACUGUUAACAUGGAAGACUACUGCCCUACUAGUUGGAAGAUAAUGCGCAACUUGCUGGGAACCCACUUGGGUCAUUCAGCACUUUUCACUAUGUGUCGGCUCCUGCAAGAUCCUGAGUCAUUGCAAGACAUUUACUUACUACGAGGAGCAAUAUUUUUCAUCUACAUGUCCUUGUGGGGAAAGAGCAAGGUGCUAACUCUGAAAUAUGAGCCUACAGCUGUUUUGCCAUCCCUCCUGCAGGUUGUAAACUGCAAUCAUCCUAUUGUGAUGUAUGAGAUGAUGCUGAGCAUACAAAUGCUUGUGAAGGAAUGUGGUUAUUCAAUGCAAGACCCUGCAUGGGACAUGGUUCUUUCAAUUAUGGAUGGUUUGUUUGGUCACAUAGAGCAGUGUUCUUCAAGUAAUCACACAGGCCUUAUAUCAUGCCAUUUGAAUGAAACCAUUUGUGGAAUAGAAAAGCUGAUAGAACUUGGGCAAUUCAAUGGGUCAGUGCGCCGUGUUUUUGAGCUGAUUGAAAGAUGUUCCCCAGUAAGACCAGAGAUCUCAGUGCUACGUCUUGUGACUUACUUAGCGAAUUCUAUAGUACCAACACGUGCUGAAUGGCUGUGCAAACUUGGCAACCUGAUGGAACGAUAUUUUCGGCAGGAAAUACGUACAAGUAUUCGUGUAAAGGUUCUGGAAAUUCUCUCUGUCAUCAUUGAGAAAAACAGAUGCCUUUAUGAGGAUGAGUUAAUAGAGAAAGUGGUUGUGCCGUACUUGCAACAUAUUGACAAUGACAAUGAUAUCCAAGUCCGCAAGUCAGCUGCAGAGCUUCUCAUACAACUUUGUGUUGAAUGCGAGAACAAAAGAUGUUUGGAACUGCUUGAUUUGCUGGGGAAAUUGCUUAGCAGGCCCUUUGAACUGCAUGGUCAAGACCCAACUCUUGGCUCAUGUAGUGAGGCAGAUAUGCUUGAUGUGAAAACAGUGGUGGCUGGUUUAGUCCGAAUUCUGAAGAUAAAAAUUUAUCAGCUACCAUCGUCACAUGCAAUACAUACAUACAAGUUGCUUGUUGGGCACCUUGAUGCACAUUACCAGCGUCCCACUGUGUUCGAAAAUUGCAACAGUAUUAGAUUCAUGAUAUUUGAGUGUUUCCUGCAACUUCGAGCAAAUUCAGUGUACCAGCCUGGUUUUCCUGAUCCUGUGACCCACCAGUUGCGAUACAGCCCUUUUCUGUGUGUGGAUCACAAACAUGGGGAACGACCUGUGUCGCCACAGCCAUCAAGCCCUGCACCUGCAGCUCAUGUACCUUGCACUGUCACACACCUCUCUCUCACACAUGCUUGCAAGGCUGUUGUGACUGCUCUGAAGCAGGAAAGAGAUUGGAAAGUACUGCAGCUGAUUCUGCAGGAAGUGCCCCGAGUAAUGCAGAAUAAAGCUCUCAUUUUGUCUCGUCAUGGAAAUGAUGUUGACAUGUUGGCUGCUGCUGUGUGUGCCAUUGUUAGUGACAAAUCACUGGGCCUUCCUGAAGCCUUGCGAGGUGUGCGCAUGACGCGCUCUGAAUUGCAGGCCCAUGUGAUACCGGUGCUCGCAUCACUUGCACCAUACCACGCCCAGCUGGAUCCUGCUCUUCAGCAACGUACCAUCAAGUGUCUUGAAUAUGGGCUCAUGUCGCGCUGUGCAAGGCAGUGCAUUACUGCUCUUACAACCUGCAUGCUUGAGAUGCGUGAUGCUAUGCAUAAAUUGUUGCCGGAAGUGUUGCUCAAUCUUUCAAAGAUCUCUGCAACAGUACAUAUUGCCAUACCUAUCCUCGAAUUCUUAUCAACACUGACAAGACUACCAAAAGUGUUUGGCAGCUUUGUUGGAGACCAGUACAUGUCAGUGUUUGCAAUUUCAUUGCCUUACACUAACCCUUUUAAAUAUAAUCAUUACACUGUGUCAUUGGCCCAUCAUGUUAUUGCUGUAUGGUUUCUGAAGUGUCGGCUACCAUUCCGACGUGACUUUGUGAGGUUCAUCACUACAGGGCUGAGAGCAAAUGUGUUGUUACCAUUUGAAGAAGGCCAGUUAAUGAAGGCUCCAGACAUAGUAAAUGAAGAUUCAUCAAGCCGAAAGCGUAGUUCAAGCCUCACAGAGCACAGCAGCAGGCGUAACCUGAGGGCAUUACCGCCAGCAGGUGGUCCCGCAGCUGCUGCCGCCCGCUCGUCAGAUCUCAAACCACCAAUUGAUGAAGCUCUGAUGACUUUUCAUGUGGAACUUACAGAGACCUGCAUUGAUCUAAUGGCCAGAUAUACAUUUUCUACAUGUUAUGCUGUACCAAAGAGGCUGCCUACUGCUGAUUUUCUCCUUAGCGGGGGACAGUCAAUGACAUGGCUUGUAGGAAAUAAGUUGAUCACUGUUACAACAAGUGGCUGCAGUCAGAAGGCACUCCGGAAUGGAUUAUGCGACAAAUGUUGGCAAGUUUGUCAUACAGCUGAACCAACUUCACCUGAUGAAAUUGAUGUUGAAGUACGAAAUCAGAAAGCUCCUGUGCAAAGAAGCAACAGUAGUGAGAUGACAGGUGGUGCUGGAAAAGAGGAGAACAGUAGUACAAGCCAGCAACAGCUUUCCCGGCAGAUGUCAGUGGACCCUUCUCGUCUCUCUUUUCCCACUACUGCUUCAGGGCCUGUGUCAUCUGAUGAUAAUCGAAAACUGACAGACACUCAUGAGCCAGAACCUGCUAAACUUGAUCAGUUGUUAUUCGGUGUAAAAGAAUCUGAGAAGCAAGAUAGAGAACUUUGUGCUUGUUGGUGCCAGGGUUGGGCCGAGAUCUAUGUCAGACGACCUACAGGUGAUAUGUCUUGGGUGAUGCGUACGCAGAAUCAUCCUCAACUGCAAAGCUCUCCGCAGGAUUUUCCCCUCUCAGACAUCACAACUCUAUUCCUUCCGUCUCUGGCUGCCCGUAACAAGGAACAACAUGAGGUGGAGCCACAAUCAUCAAACAGACGCAUCAGCUGUGGCAGUCUUCCUGUUGAGAACACUUCGGAUGCAGGAUUUGAGCUGGCGAGCGAUAAUGUACCAAAAUCAACUGAGCCAAUCAACAUCCCAUGCUCACCAUACAAAGUCUGUCCUUCCAGGCGUGAAAGUACUGAAAGUCUAGACUUACCAGCAGGUGAAAGCUUUUUGGAACCUGAAGAAGCAAGUAAGGCAAGAAAUCCUGUUCGCCGCUCAAAUUCGAGCCCAGAAAUGAGUGCUAACUGGAAGAUUCCAUUUUUAAAAGAAAAUAGACAGGAGCAUGACAAUGCUCAGGACAUGGAAAUGAAAUCUGAAAACCCAAAAAAUGUGAAACAGACUUUCAACAAAGAUGCUAGUCAGUCAGCCAAAUCACACGGUUUUGAUAGCCGUGUAAGCUGUGAAGCAAUUCCUGAAGAAAUGUUUGGACAAGGAAGCACUCCACCAUUAGCAGACGGACUACACCCACUUCUUCUGCCAUCUCGUUCCUAUCCCGGGACAGUGCAUGCUGACACUCAACAUGAAUCUGCAUCUAAAACAGUCCCACCAUCACCUACAUCUCUGGUAUGCACAACAGCACCAGCCUUGCGACCUGCUCAUUCAGCAGCAGUUACAGUGACAAGGCCUCCACCACCGUCACCAUCUCAAGUUCAUCGCGUUGUCCCAACUGAAAUUAGCAAAUCAGCUGUGAGAGUACAAGCCUCUGUUAUAGACACUUCAAAGGUUGCUCAGGAGCAACGGCAGCCACUGACAGUUGAUACCAUUGGCAAGCCAGGACGAUCACAGACAGUAGUACCAAUGUCACCACAGUUACCACAUACUGCUGUUGAAAAGGUAGGACACACAAAGGAGGAACUAUCAAGGCCUGAUUCUUUGCCGCCUCUGAAACGGGAUCGUGUGCACACAAUUUCAGUUAUGUCACCAGUUAGAAAGCCACGAAGCAACUGGGGAAUGGCAGCAGUGCGUGAUACAUCACCACGAGGAAGAGAGGCACCACGCUCAGGAAUCAGUCCCAGCUACGUGUUUCUACAGCUAUAUCAUGCUGCCAGUUUUGGUAGCACAGCAGAAAAGCCAUUGUUGGUUCCACAGACACAGAUUGUAGAGAGAGCAGUUAAGAAUCUUGAUAGGAUUCCUCCAUAUGAAACCCAUAAAAUUGGGGUAGUUUAUGUGGGGCCAGGACAAGCAGGGCGAGAGACGGAAAUUUUACGCAACCAGUUUGGCUCACUUCGCUACACAGAGUUCUUGCAGCGUCUUGGGACACUGAUCCAUCUUAAAGAUGCCGAUCCAAAAAAUGUGUUUCUUGGAGGUUUAGACAGAAAUGGAAAUGAUGGAAAAUUUGCAUAUAUAUGGCAGGAUGAUGUAAUGCAGGUUAUUUUUCAUGUGGCUACUCUUAUGCCUGUAAAGGAAAGUGAACCAUUGUGCAACAGCAAAAAAAUGCACAUAGGCAAUGAUUAUGUCACAAUUGUAUAUAAUGAAAGUAGUGAAGAAUACAACAUCCAGACAUUGAAGGGUCAGUUCAACUAUGCUUGUGUUGUGAUUGAGCCUUUGAGUCAUGGUGCAAAUCAAGUGACUGUGAAGACUAGAGAAGAUCUUUCUGAGCAUAUAGGACACAGUGAACCAAAAAUAGUGUCAGAUCAGAAUCUAGCAAUAUUGGCCCGUCAGCUUGCUUUACAUGCAAAUCUUGCUUCAAUGAUCUCAUGUAGCCUGAAAACUCAGGGCCGAGAUCCAUAUGCAUCCAACUGGUUAGAACGCCUGCGACAAAUCAAACGCCUUCGUACCAAGGUUCUACAAGAGUCAACACAAAAUGGCUCAGAGAGCAGUGAAAAUGAACGCAUUUCAACUUCUCCUCGAACAGGCAAACGUGUUCAUGUGGAUGAUUUCACGGAAUAUACAUAGAAAAUGGCAUGAUUAUUCCGCUUGCUACUUAUGUGUACAUAUGUUAAUACUGUUAUCACUUUAAAUGAUGGAUGCUGGAACGCUGGAAUUUUAUUUAAUAUUUUACAUAAUGUGUGCAUGUGUGUGAUCAAUAUUAUUUGGUGAAAAUGAGAGAAGUAUUAAAAAAAUAAACAUCAAAGAUAA